CCAGCUCACCCGCCGUAAACCAUCUGCGCCAGCCACAAGCCGCCAUCCACAAAGCAUCACCAGCUGCGACUUUGUCUCUGAUCUGUUUAAAUUUUCAGGAUCAUAUUGUACCGGUUGUAUCCUCGAUUUUCUUACGCAGGCUGCUUCUUCCUGGGGUUCAUCAUAAUAUUGCUUUGCGCUCAACCUUGCUGGAUUAUAACAGGCACUGGAGUGAUUCAGAUUUCCAUUCUCUAAUCGCCGAUAUGUUGAAGAAGGAAAUUCUUUCCCUGAUUGAACAUGAGGGUGUUAGUGAUAAUUCAACGUCAAUAUUGUGCUGUUGGAAAAAAUUCUGUUCUCCCUACUUCCAAAAUUGGUGCAAGAGCAAUGCACUAUGUGGCUUGCUUUUGGAUUCCUACAGGGGUAGUUUUGGAUUGAUCAGAAAGAACUCAGUAUCUCUUUUUCGUUGUUCGGAGAAUAUUGAGCGGCUUAUUAAUGGUAUCUCAGGUACUUCUGAUGAUCUCAUCCAUCUUGUUACCAUGGAGGCGGGUUUAAUUCUUCAAUUAGAGGUGCUCGUUAAAAUGCUUAGAUGUGUUGUUAAUGUCAGCCAACAAUUGGGAAACAACUUCUGCUAUAUUUUAUGAAUCAUUAGUUAGUGCACCACUCGUUAUCUCAGCUGAGGAAAUUACUCAUCGCCUUUUGAAGAAUUUAGAAUCUGGAUAUGGUUCAACGGUAGCAAUGCUUCAUGUAUCAGAGCAUGGACCUGA